AUGCGUAAAUCUUUAAAGAAUAGCAGUUCACUACGUGAUAUCAGCUUUAACAUCGGAGAUUAUGAUGUCUCGAAAACUUUUGAGAGAGAGAACGUUUAUCGAAAUGCUAAAAAAAUCAUUCAACACCCAGCUUUUGACUUUAAUACCUAUGACAACGACAUUGCUAUUGUAGAAAUGGAAAAGGCUGUGAAGCUUGAUCCCUCUAAGUUAAAAACUGCCUGCUUACCCCCACUAAAUUCAGACCUGAGUCCCGGAACACCAACAUCCGUUAUUGGGUGGGGUCGUCUCGGAUUUGACAAUACAGAAACGUCAUCUAUCCUUCAACAAGUAGACGUUCCCGUGGUAAGCAGAAAGACGUGUCAGGUACCUCUUAAACACAACAUAUCUGAGAAUAUGAUGUGUGCUGGAGGAGAAGAAGGCAAAGACGCUUGCUUGGGAGACUCGGGAGGCGGCUUGAUGGUCAGGAUUGACAACGAUUACGCUUUGUGCGGUUUGGUGUCAUUUGGUAAAGAAUGUGCGAGAGCAGGCGUUGCUGGCGUUUACACGCGUGUUAGUCGCUACAUCGACUGGAUAUUAGAAAUUACAGAAAACGCUGGUUGUCGCCCUUACGUCGUAUCUGUUUCUGAUUAUCCCAAAUAGAGGAAAGUUACGUCUCUGCAAAUCGUCUAAAUAAAAAAAUAAUGACGCUCUUAGCUAAACUGGAUAAUGUUAUUUCACACAAUAGAAAUUAAUUAAAUAAUUU